CUGUAUAACAGGACCACAGGGUACGGCUGCUGCCUGUGUGUGUGUGGCUGGAUAUGAAGGCAAUGGAACUCACUGCAAAGAGCUGGAAUUGUGCAGCAGGUCUAACGGUGGUUGUUCAGAGUUUGCCAGUUGCAAGAAGGCCUCUGCAGGAGAGAGGACUUGUUCCUGUAAAGAGGGUUACACCGGAGACGGGGUCAUCUGCCUGGAGAUUGACGGCUGUCUGGUCAACAAUGGAGGCUGCCACAAAUCAGCAGAGUGCACCAGAACAGGACCCAACAUUACGGCCUGUAACUGCAAGAUGGGCUUUCAAGGAUCCGGGAAGUUCUGUUACCCUGUCAACCCCUGCAAAAAUAACAAUGGUGGCUGCAGUAGGUAUGCUCGCUGUGAGUAUUUCGGUCAGGGCCAGAGGAACUGCUCCUGCCUCAGAAGCCACGUUGGCGAUGGCUUCGACUGCCGGGGAACCACAAACACUGAGCUGUCCCGACAAUCAGAAAACGACUUCUUCCGCCGAAUGUUAUCAUUAUCAGGUGUUCGUGGUCUUUAUGGUGAUGGACCAUUCACUGUCUUCGCCCCCGCAGAGGAAACCAACCAUGACUCCUCUUUUGAGGAAUGGAACCAGUUUGGUCGACUUCCUGACCUGGUUCGUUACCAUGUCGUUUCCUGUGAGACUUUGACCUUGAGUGACCUCAAAACGACUAAGCUAGCCGUCUCCACAUCCGGAUACACACUUCACUUCAGCCUGCAGGAGGGUUCAGUGUGGGUGAACAACAGAUCGAGGAUCAUAAAGAGUGACUACACCACAUCGAAUGGAGUCAUUCACCACAUCGACACCAUGUUGACGCCCUACAAGCUGCAGGACAAACCCAGGAUCCAGUAUACCAAGAUGAACCUCACCACAGCUGCAGCGUUUUAUGGCUACAGACGCUUUUACAAACUUGUGGAGGAUGCGGGGUUACUCCCUGUGCUCGAGAUGUCCGUCCACCAGCCGUACACCAUGUUCUGGCCCACAGAUGAUGCCCUGAACUCACUGUCAGCUGAAAGACAGCACUGGCUCUCAAGCCCCGAACACCAAGACCAAGUGGCUGCCCUGGUGAAGGCUCACAUCAUCCGCAACUCCAGG